AUGAUCUAUGAUCCAUCAUGGGUUGACUUUAAAAUGUGCACGAAUACAAUAACUUACAUGGACUUAUGCCGGUCCACAUGGGCCAGUCUGAGGAACCUCGCUGCCCCCUGCAUCUCUGCCUGCCGCCCCCCAUGUACCAGCCUGAACAGGAGACAGCCCUGGCCACAGAGCAGCUAGAUGCAGUACUACCCAGAGACAUGUACCUGAGUGCUGCAGCGUUACAGCCCACAGAGAGCCUGCCGCUAGAGUUCAGYGACGACACCCCACUACAUCCAGGACCUAUGUCCAUUCUGACAUGUCACACAGCCUUGGCCCUGGAGGACCAGGCUAUCAGGGCCAUUGCUGAGGCCCCAAAGGACUUCCUGACCGGGGCUGAGUUGGACGCCUCAGGACACGACGACUCGGCUGACAUGGAGCUCUGUGAGAGAGAGAUGGAGUCUAUAGAGGACCAGGUGAGAUGUCAUGUUUAAUUCUUGAUAAUGAUUGUGGACCAGUAGCCUUGUGAACCAGCCAGACCUGUCUAUAGCUCACUCUUGUUAAACAGAAUGGGGAGCACAAUAAUCAGGCUGGUCCUACGUGGCUAGUGGACCAGAGCCCUAUAUAGGUGUUUGUCUACCAUUUUAUUAUGGUACUCUGCACCAACCCCCUUUUGUUGCAGCACUGUCAAAGCUGUUAAAUUAUACAUUGACAUUUUAGUCAUUUAGCAGACGCUCUUAUCCAGAGCGAUUUA